AUGACGGCUAGGGCGAACUCGGGCGACUUAGGGUUUGUGGGUGAGGGGGAACGAGAUGCUACCAUGGAGGAGAUUGGAGAGAAGGGAAGACCGCCAGGAGAGCCACCGGAUGCUCCGGGUUCGUGGGUAAGGAAAGUAAUUGGAAGUAACGUGGGAGGGAGACCGGUCCCGGAGGAGGUUGUGACGGAAGAGUUUGUGGAGUCGAGAUUGACGUUGGAAUUUCCGAAUGGAGAGGAUGGAGAGCCGGUGAUAACGAUAGGGGAAGAGGUACUGACGGCGAUGAACGGUUUGUGGAAGAGAUGCAUGAUUGUUAAGGUGUUGGGGAGAAACGUGCCUUUGUUAAGCUUGACUCGGAAACUAAAGGAAUUAUGGAAACCUAAGGGUGCUAUGUUUGUGAUGGAUCUCCCUAGACACUUCUUUAUGGUGCGCUUUGAGCUGGAGGAGGAGUAUAUGGCCGCUCUAGUAGGGGGACCAUGGAGGGCAUUCGGGAGCUACCUUAUGGUGCAAGCAUGGUCUCCUGAAUUUGACCCGUUGAAAGACGAGAUAGUCACGACGCCGGUUUGGGUUCGUUUAUCGGAUAUCCCGGUGAACUUUUACCAUAAAACAAUCCUGAUGGGGAUAGCGAAAGGGUUAGGUCGUCCUAUCAAAGUAGACUUGACAACUCUAAACUUGGAGAGGGCCAGAUUCGCGAGAAUUUGCGUAGAGAUCAACUUACAUAAACCUUUGAAGGGAACAGUGAUGAUAAAUGGGGAGAGAUACUUUGUUUCAUACGAGGGGAUCUCAGCUAUCUGUUCAACUUGUGGGAUGUAUGGACAUAUGGUGCAUUCGUGCCCACGCAAUGUCGUGGAGAGAGCUAUGGUACCUGUGACGAAUUCACAGAACAGGGGCCUUGCAAAUGCCGAUGCCGAAGCCAUAGGGACUGAGGUGGGAUUUACCAUGGUGAGGCAGACAAGAAGAACAAAUGAGCAACAGAGAAGCACAGGAGACUCCAUGCGUAGUAAUGAGGGGAGAACUAUGCUUGGGAAUAAAACAAGAGAAGUACGUAAGGUGGUAGUGGAGAAGGAAGUAUGUGUGUCGAAUAGGUUUGGGAGUUUAGGUGAGGAAGAAGUAACGGGAACUCGAGGAGAUGAGAAGGGAGGAAGUGAGAAUAAGGAGAAUGAGAACAUGGAGAACAUACGGUUGGGUGCUUCAAGCGAGACGAAUUUGAAACCGAUUACCUUUGGUGAAAUGGGGAACAAAGGAAAUCAGUCUUUAAACCGUGUGGGCCAAAAAGAGAAGAGGACAAGCAAUCUGAGAAAUUCAAAUGUUCAAAAGCCCAAAGUAAAAGCUAUUGGGCCAACGCGCGGACUUGUCUUUGGCCCAACAAGUAGUGAGAUCGACAUGUCGGUGAACGGGAAGCGCCUACGAGUUGAGAGGGGAAGCGCAGGCAGACCAGGUGGUGUCUACGCCGGAGUUAGAGAAUCAGAUGAUAAGGAGGGUACUCCUGUUAUUACUGGUGAACAGAGUAGCGCAGAAAGAGAUGUCUCGUCUACUGAUGAUAUGGAGCCUCGAGUGGAUCAAGCGGGAGAGGUCCCGAAGAAUAUGGAGGCAUAA